AUCUUUGCCUGGGACUACGGAGUGGUUUCUCGGGCCGCCAAAGCCUACGCCGUGCUUAGCCUGGUGUUCCUCGUCAUCUUCCUCCCCGUGGAACGUCUUGCGACCCGCGAGGCCAACUUACAUCCACGGUCGACGGGGUCCGGUAUAUCGGCCAGAGAGCAGUUGAGACGGCGGGGAUCUUUUUAAGAGGUCGCUGGAUGUGCCCCCGCUGUCUGUCAUGCCAGAGCAUGAUGGGUUGAUGCGUGUGUUCUGGCCGGCCGACCUCCCGCGGUCGGACCUGAGAGGCGUAGUAGUAGGGUGGAGGAACUCGGCCUUGGACGUCUUCGUUCUCGCGAUUCUGGAAGAGGUGGAGCCGCGAAAUGUUGAGACCGCCCUCAAGCUGGGCACCCUUCUUCGCAACGCCCCUCAUCCCGUCAGCCGCAUACACGAGCUGUGCGGUCAGUCAUCGAUUCACGUGCUAGGCCUAUCCAAUGCCCCUGAUUCCGUCAACAUUGACCCGUCGUGGAUUCAGGUAACCACAGGGCAAGGCCGUCGAGUCCCGGCAGUCACAUGCGCUCGAGCUUCCAGCAUCCAAAUCAUUCUCUUUGAAAGACCUCUUCCCGGGCGAAUGCAGUACAUCUCGCUAAACCCCAUCUCAUUGGCUUUGGCAGACAAGCAUGACAGCUCCAGGAAUGAGGUUGCAGAUGGCGGCGAGGAUGAAGAUGAAAAGGAAGAACGAUUGAAAAAGGAAAAGAAAAGGCAACUUGUCGAGAAGCUGAAGAAGCAUUCCAUUUUCAAGCGUGUCCCCUCGGCCAAGGAAAGAGCGCUCGCCAAGAUCGUGAACCAGAUCAACUGGGCGUGGGAGCUUGAGAAGCUACUCCAGAAGAAUGUCUCACGUAUCGGCACACGUCCUAAGCGAAGCCUCAGCGUCUCAGAGAGGAUGGUGGAGUCGGCAACAACGGCGCGAGACAUGAUGUUGGUGUGGAUAUGGGACAUCAUCACCGUCUACCUUCUGCCCGUGAUCAAGCGCCUGUUCGUGAUGGGAUUGAUGGCUCACCGGGUCGCCGCCGAGGUGCUCUUGCUCAUCUUGGAGUGGCGGAUGCGGCCAAGGAAUGCCGCCUUGAAGGAUAUCUCAGCCACCGCCCAGCAGGUCGAGAUCCGGCUUCAACAGUUUUGCUACUGGCCUAUGCAGUAUGUAACGCUGCGGCUCAGGAAGAACGACUGGGAGAGCGUGACGACGAGCCAUCCGGACUACAUCCGCUUUUACAAUAGUUUGUGGCUGGUUGCGAACGAUGUCAUCAUCGGCAUUGCGCUAGGUUCCUACAUCAUCGACAACGCUGGCUGGGUCGCGGAGGAGAUCAGCAAGUUGCUCACCCAAUAUACGGUGGAGGCACUCCAAAGUAGCAUCUCCUGGCUUAUGGGCUGGCCGGCGGGCUUAAAGUUGAACAAUGAGCUGGCGGCUUUCCUAGGAGACCUGUUCUUAUGGGUUAUCGAUUACUGGUCAAGCUGCAUCGAGGCUCUACGCCCGGUCCUACCACACAUGAUCCGGUUUAUAGGAUUUUCCAGCUUCGCCGGUGCUAGCAUGCCGAUAGCCAUCUUCUCAGACCUUCUCUCCAUCCUUACGAUCCACAUCUACUCGUUUUACCUCGCAUCGGCCCGGAUCUAUCACUGGCAGCUGAACAUCCUAAUAUCGCUGUUCCACCUGUUCAGGGGCAAGAAGCACAAUGUUUUGAGGAAUCGUAUAGACUCGUGUGAUUAUGACCUCGACCAACUUCUUGUCGGCACCAUUUUAUUCACUCUUCUCUUCUUCUUGCUUCCCACUGUCGUCGUCUUUUAUCUUAAUUUCGCCAUCGCACGCAUGGUCAUAAUCUCUCUCAAAGCCGUUUUCGACACGAUGCUCUCUUGUUUGAAUCAUUUUCCCCUCUUCGCGCUCAUGCUUAGGGUCAAGGACCCUGGGAGGUUACCAGGAGGAAUUCGUUUUGAACUUCAAGAUACCCAAGACUUUAGACAUGCCGUUAAUGACUCGACGCAAACCCCUUCGAUUUCUGUGAUACACUUGAAGUCUGUGCCUCUGAGCUUCAAGGCCAUGUUCCACCAAUAUUUCCAAAUGGGGAGCCGCAUUCGCAAACAUUACCUCUCGCCCCGCGUCUUGCUGUGCCUUCUCACUGGCAAGUUUGUCCCUCCUUUGAACCGGAAGGUCCUCUACAGCCUCCAGUACAGCAUGCUCCCAGCUCGGCGAGCGGGUGUGAUGGAGAUGUGGGACGCGGUCAACUCGUUGCCGGCAACCAAGAAGAGCUCCCCGCCGGUCUAUGUGCCAGCGCUAGCGAACGGGAGGAAGUUUCCCUCAAACUAUGGCGGUGGGAGAUCACGAGGAUAUGGAUGAAUAUCACAGAUAGAAAGAAAAUAAUAGUUUAUGACACGGUGAUUCCACUUUAUGAAACGGCUCUGGUCUCUGUGACUAAUGUUGGAUGAUCUGCUGCCAGGGAAAUAGCCUUCUAGCUAACUCCUGUCUACCCCCCUCUUAGUGCUAGUAGGGAUAUAGGAAAUCGAGGUGAUUCCUGAAAACUUAGAACAUACUCCCCUUGAGAUACAUCGACAGGGAUCUCUUGCAAAUAGACGCUACCCCCGUG